AUGGGAAACAGUUUAAGGUGUUGUUUGGCCUGUGUUCUUCCUUGCGGUGCUCUUGAUUUGAUCCGAAUAGUGCAUUUAAAUGGCUACGUUGAAGAAAUCACACGUCCGGUGACCGCCGGCGAGGUUCUGAAGAACUACCCUAAUCAUGUCUUAAGCAAACCAUGUUCUCAGGGCGUUGUCCGGCGAAUCUUGAUCCUUUCGAACAGUUCCGAGCUUAAAAGAGGCAGCAUUUAUUUCUUGAUACCUUCCUCCUCCGUGCCGGAAAACAAGAGAAACCCGCAGAAAAAAGAUCCGAAAAAGCCCAAGAAGAUACCUACGGUAGCGGUUGGGCAACCGGCCGAUGUGUCCACCGGAGAAAACACUGUUCCUUUGAAUUCUUCAGAUGUUGUUGUGGUGUCGGAGAAGAAGAAGCUAGGGCACCGGAGAGCUCGCCGGACUGUUCAGGGCGGCGAAUGGCGGCCUCAUCUUGAGAGCAUCUUUGAGGAGUGA